AUGGCGGCAAUCGAUUACACCAGAUGGGACCAUCCCGACAGCAGCAGCGACGAAGAAAGCUUUUCAAUGCCCACUCCGCCAACAUCCCCGAAGCAACCGAUACGGCCAAGCAUCUUCGUGCAGCCGAGUCAGCCUCUCCCGCUAGACGCAGAGCUUCGUGCCCAAGUCCUUCGGGAAGAGCAAGAACUCGCCGCUUUCGUGCAACGCCAUCCUUGUCCUUCAGAAAACACCAUGAAGGCCUGGCUUCGCGACGCGGCAGAUCACGAAGGCCCGGCCGAAGAAGAUUCCCGGACUUUCUCCCAACUCAUGAGGCACCUGGGCUGGACACCCAAGAAGCUGGGCUGGUUCCACUACCCUUCCUUCCGUACCUUGUGGAAAUCAGCAGGCCAGAGAUGCCAAACAGCUUUUCUGGACCAGCGCAGAGUGGGCAGGGAGCUCUACGAACGAGGAGGGCGCGAGUGCAUGCAAGUCCAUUACUAUGCCCUGCACUAUGCCAUGUGCGGCGACUCCGUCCUUCGCGGCAUCAACAAGCCCCUGCCUGUCUACGGAUUCGCAAGCCACCUGGAAAAAGUAUGGGACGGCAUCGGUCAAACGGAAAUGUACCCGAGCAACCGCCGCCGAUGGGCCGAUGUCGAGGACGAGGAGGAACAGGGGACCGGAUGGUGUUUCAACUUCGAGGAGUUCAAGAGGCAAUACCUGGCAACGCAGUGUUCCUUGACGCUGAAGACGCCAGCCGGAAUGAUCAAAAUCGACGAGGCUCCACGCCAAGCUUUCGACGGCAUGGAAGACGCAUCCGACGACAUCCCGGACACGAAGGCUCCAGCGCCGAGACCACCGAAGCCAACAAAGUGGACGGCCGAGGACGAUUCCGCACUCGAAGACGCUUUCCAAAUGGCAGAGGCGGAAAGGGUCACCGCAAAAGCUUUGUCGGAGCAAUCCGAUUCAGAUGCCGCGGUGGGCCGUCCUCAUGGACAUCGCGGCGCUGCAGCACGACGGGGCGGCGCCAAUGCGAACGCCACGGAACAAAGCGGGCCGAAAGAACAACCGCCACCGCGACUGCAAGCGACAACAACCAUCCAGCAACGCUUGCAAGAAGCACCGCUGGACGACUUCGUGCAGAACCGACUGCGCGACGAGGAGGAGCACUUUCGGGGCAUGCUGACCAUGAAGAAGAUGACGGGCGACGGCAACUGCAUCUUCCACGCGCUCGCGGAGAAAAGCGGCGAGAACGGGGUCCACCUGCGCUCCCAGAUCAUCCAGUACCUGAAGGAGAACGCGGCGUCCCAAGAGCACGAAGAGCAAGUGGAAGCCUGGUUGGAGGAAGCCGAACACCUCGAAAGAAACCCGAGUAACUGGGGCGGCGACACGGCCAUCGUCGCCUUCACCCUCAUGAGACAGCAGCAAGCGUUCCUGCACUGGCGGGCGUCGGACGGCGAGAUCUGCACGAGCGAGCGCACGCAUGUGGAAGUGCGCGAAGAGGCCCGACGGCACCCCCACGCAGUACCGAACGUCUAUUAUCACGCAAUCCACCUCUGGUUCAACGGGAAGGACCACUACGAUGUGCUCGUGCCCAUUGACCAGAC